AUGAGAAGGGGGUGUGGAGCCUGGCUGUGGGUGUGGGAGGGGCCUAUCUUCCACAACCCAGCCAUCCUUUUGAGAUCCGUUCAGUCGGCCACCCUGCAGAGGCGACUGAUGGCAAUGGGUUUACUAAGGCUGGGUGACCUGCGGCUGCUGGGGGAGGAGUGGAAAACCCCGGAAGUCCUGGCACAACAAACAGGACUAACAUCUCUUAGGCUGCUGGAGAGAAUCCUGGGGGAGGUCCAGAAGGCACUGUCUGAGCCGGUGACAGCGACAGACGCGGACAGUGGUUCCUUCGGCUCCAUCAGCUACUCUCUGGGGUCAGGCAUUAACAGUGCUGUCCCCUCCCAGUUCUCUGUAGGGAAGGAGACAGGACAGAUCUGUACCAACGUGGCUCUGGACAGGGACCAGGGACCAACCAGCUACGACUUUACUGUCACCGCCGUGGACGGGGGCUGUGCUGUGAAUGAGUCUCCCUGGCAGGGCUGUGCUGUGAAUGAGUCUCCCUGGCAGGGCUGUGCUGUGAAUGAGUCUCCCUGGCAGGGCUGUGCUGUGAAUGAGUUUCCCUGGCAGGGUUGUGCUGUGAAUGAGUCUCCCUGGCAGGGCUGUGCUGUGAAUGAGUUUCCCUGGCAGGGCUGUGCUGUGAAUGAGUCUCCCUGGCAGGGCUGUGCUGUGAAUGAGUCUCCCUGGCAGGGCUGUGCUGUGAAUGAGUUUCCCUGGCAGGGUUGUGCUGUGAAUGAGUCUCCCUGGCAGGGCUGUGCUGUGAAUGAGUUUCCCUGGCAGGGCUGUGCUGAGAAUGAGUCUCCCUGGCAGGGCUGUGCUGUGAAUGAGUUUUCCUGGCAGGGCUGUGCUGGCGGUCUGAACUCUGUGGCCUACGUCAGGGUUGACCUGCUGGACAUCAACGACAACAGACCAGUCUUCUACCCUGUGAGCUACGCCGUCAGCCUCAGCUCCCAGAGUGCACCUGGCACCUCUGUCGUCAAGGUUACGGCCCUUGACCCCGACACUGGAGAGAACGGGAGGGUCACGUACCAAACUGUCUCCGGGGGCAACUCCCCCUUCUUCACCCUCAACAAAGACACAGGUGUGAUCUCCCUGUCCCGGUCGCUGCAUGGCAAGGCCAACACGGUGAUCCCCAUGGUGGUUUCAGCCCAGGACGGAGGGGGUCUGGCAGCACUGGUCAACGCCCGGGUCAACAUCAGUGUGGUGGCAGGCCUGGUGGCGCCCCCUGUGUUUGAACACAGUCAGUACAGCUUCACUGUGUCUGAGGACGUACUGCGAGGGACUGAGGUUGGCGUUGUACAGGCCCUCAGUAAGAACGGCGGCCCCAGUAAGGACAUCAUGUACACCAUCUCCUCUGGAGACCCUGCUGGCUACUUCACUGUGGACCCAGAGAGCGGCGCACUGCGGACAAGCCUUCCCCUGGACCACGAGGCCCAGCCCUCUCUAACCCUGGAUCUCCAGGCUCGUAGCGGCAGCCCCCCUGCCUUCGGUCAGACCCGCGUCCACAUCACCAUCCAGGACAUCAACGACAACGCUCCUGUCUUCCUGCCCUCCUCUUCUGAGUCUCUCCUCCUCCCGGAGAACACAGGGAUGGGGACCGUAGUCUACCGCGUCCAGGCCCAAGACCGGGACUCCGGUAUCAACGGCCAGGUGACCUUUGACCUUUCCUCCACCGCGACCUCAAGCGGAGGUCAAAUAACUUUUUCCAUGGAGCGCAGCACGGGGGAGAUCCGGCUGGUUGGCGGGCUGUCGUACGACGUAACGCCACGCUACGACCUGACGGUGACAGCUAAAGAUGGUGGCGCGCCCCAGCUGAGCUCUACCAUGAUGCUUGUGGUGCACGUCCAAGCGGAGAACCACCACGGUCCCGUGUUCGAUACCCUGACCUACCGCAUGGAGCUGAGGGAGAACACGCCGAUCAGCACAUGCUUCCUACAGGUGCGAGCUCUGAGCCGGGACACCACGAGUUCCGGCUCCUCCUCUCCACUGACAUACCACCUGAGACCUGACGGAGACGCAGCAGGGUUUGGCAUCGCAGUAGACAGCGGCUGGCUGUUUGUGAAGAGCGCCCUGGACAGAGAGGUGAAGGACAUGUACAUGUUGAUGGUUCUGGCCACGGGGGGCCACGGGCAGCUGAAGAAGACGGGCAGUGCCACGGUGAGGGUGUCGGUGACCGAUGAGAAUGACAACUCACCCCGUCUGACCCAGGAGAGGGCUUUCCUGGCCGUGAGAGAGAACCUUCCAGCGGGGUCAGGGUUCGGACGGGUGUCGGCUACGGACCGCGACAUGGGCCUCAACGGCAGGCUCAGUUACAGACUCCUACACCCAGACAGACACUUCCAGAUCAACUCACACACAGGUGAGAUCAGUACCCGUGUAGGUCUGGACAGGGAGCAACAGAGUAGUUACCAGGUGUUGUUGGUGGUUCAGGAUGGCGGUACUCCCCCACGCAGCGCUACAGGGACAGCCUUCAUCACCAUCCUGGAUGAGAAUGACAACACUCCCUCCUUCAGACACAGCCAGCCUGGCAGAGGACUCACCAUGCAGGUGACAGAGGGCCAGGUGUCAGGUCUACUGCUGGGGAAAGUACAGGCCAAGGACCCUGAUGAGGGAGAGAACGGCACUGUGUACUACUCCAUGUCAGGUCCCAGAGCAGAGCGUUUCUCUCUGAACCCUUCUACAGGUGAACUGCGUUCCUCCUCUCCUCUGAGUCACUCUGACAGAGCUGAGUACAGCUUCACUGUGACCGCCACUGACCAAGGCCAGCCAUCUCACAGCGCUACCUGUAUACUACACAUACAGGUCCUGAGUGCGAGCAGAGCUCCUUCCAAAGCCAACUCCCUCUCCAUAUCCUUCAACUCCGUCGAGGAGGCCAAACCGGGCUCUGUGAUUGGCUCUGUGAGGUCACAUGAUGGCUUCGAGCUCCCUGAGGCUGGUCAAGUGACCUACACGGUGGUGGGCGGGUCAGACCGAGACGGAACGUUCAUGGUGGACCGUCAGACAGGUGACGUGUACCUGGCGAGGGAGCUGGACUACGAGCGCUCCGCCCGCUACACACUACAGAUAGAGGUGGACGACUUCUCCACGACGUUACCCAGUAGCCACCUGUUGCAGCUGGACAUCGAGGUGGAGGACAGCAACGACCACGCGCCCCGCUUUCCGGAGGACCCCGUUACAGUGGUGAUACCUGAGAACAUGGAGCCUGGGGCGUCCAUCUACACCUUCCAGGCCUCGGACCAGGACGGAUCAGGGCCCAACAGCCUGCUGACCUACUCCAUCCUGCACCAGUACUCUGACCUCCCUGACCUCCUGGCCCUUGACCCUUCCACUGGCGUCCUGACCCUGGCGCAAGAACUGGACCAUGAGGUCACUUCCUCCCUUAUCCUGGUCAUCCAGGCGACAGACUCUGCCCUGAACGUUAGCCAGCGGCGCUGGGGCUCGGUGACGGCGAGGGUAUUUGUGACAGAUGAGAACGACAACGCUCCAGUGUUUAGCUCGUCAUCCGCGGUUAGCGUCAUGGAGGACCAGCCUGUGGGCUUCGUGGUUCUCUACGUCGUGGCACAAGAUGCCGACCAGGGGGAGAACAGACGGGUCAGCUACUUCAUCGAGACUGGCAACGCUGGAGGGACGUUCAGCCUCAACCGUAAUACUGGUUCUCUCUCUAUCCUGAAGCCCAUCGACCGGGAGGAGCAGGACCUGUUCAACCUGACCAUCGUAGCCCAGGACCACGGGGUACCAGCGCUCUCGUCCAGCCAGCUGCUGUCUGUCCAGGUCAUCGAUGUGAAUGACGAGGUGCCCUGGUUCCAGGAGAACCAGUACCAAGCCCAGAUUACAGAGAACCAGCCUGCAGGAACCACUGUUCUGGUGGUGUUGGCCUCCGACCUGGACCAAGGUACCAACGGCCAGGUGACAUAUGGAGGCAUCGCUGAGGAGGGUUUCAGCAUCCACCCAGCUACAGGUGUUAUAACCACCACUAAAGCCCUGGACAGAGAGGCACAGGAACAAUACACACUGACAGUGUAUGCCCGAGACGGUGGCGUGCCUCCUAACUUUGCCCGGGCGUCAGUGAAGAUCCGGGUGUUGGAUGAGAAUGACAACGCCCCAGCGUUCAGUAGACUGUACUACAGCCUGGAGGUGCCUGAGAACAUGGAGCCUGUUGAGCUUUUCACCCUCAGAGCUACUGACCUCGACACUGGGGACAGCGGAGAGAUGACCUACAAGAUCACUGAGGGCGACCCAUCAGGUGACUUCCGUGUGGACAGGAAGUCAGGUGUUCUCUACACCUCCAGACCACUGGACAGGGAACGUAGGGCCAGGUAUAGUCUGACAGUGACAGCCCUUGACGGGGGCUCUCCAGCCCUGAGCAGCACGGCCACAAUAGAGGUCACUCUCCUGGACAUCAACGACCACAGCCCCCAGUUCACCAGCCCCAGCUACACCGCUGACCUCUCUGAGGAUGUUCCUAUUGGCUCCCUGGUGCUGGAGCUCUCUGCUACUGACCUGGACGAAGGGUCUAACAGCCAGGUGCAGUACUUCCUGUCGCGCGGCUCCCAGGGCAUGUUCAUCAUUGACCAGCACACAGGACAUGUCAUCACCGCCGCUCCGCUCGACCGGGAACGAACCGCGUCGUACACUUUCGAUGUCUGCGCCACAGACUCGUCCCCCACCAGCCCUCGCAACUCCACCGCCACGGUCACUGUGUAUGUACAGGACGUGAACGACAACGCUCCAUUCUUCAUCCAGGACCCCCUGGUCAUCAACAUCUCAGCCUCCAGUGUCUCCUCCCACCGCGUCCUGGCCACCAUGCGGGCGGAGGACCGUGAUUUUGGGGCCAACGGCUCAGUGUUCUACCGCUUCGCCAGCCCUGUCCGGGGCUUCACCAUCAACUCUCUGACCGGGGACAUCCAGGCUACAGAGAAGCUGCAGGGACUGACCCAGGGCCAGAGGACUCUGAUUGUAGAGGCUAUGGACCAGGGCAGCCCAGCCCAGUCCUCUCUAGGGGUGGUGGUCAUCUACAUCAGAGAACAGACCUACAGGGGGAUCCACUUCUCACACCACGCUAGAGACGUCAGUCUGCAGGAGAACGCCGCCAAAGGUACCGCUGUGGUGCAGACUCAGGCCCAGUACCCUGAUGGAUCCCGUAGUGGGAUCAGUUACAGCAUCUUCAGUGGCAACACGCUACACUCCUUUGGAAUCAGCUCCUCCACUGGUGAUAUCUGGGUACAGAGCUCCAUGGGGCUGGACUAUGAGGAGACCCCUAGACUCCGCCUAGUGGUGAAGGCUGAAACGGCAUCCUCCAGUUCCUUCAUGGCGGUCAACCUGAUCCUGCAGGACGUCAAUGACAACCUGCCGCGCUUCCAGCUGCAGAACUAUGUAGCCUACAUACGAGAGGCACAGGGAUAUCAUUUCCCUAUCAUACAGGUGGUGGCUGAUGACCUGGACCAGGGCCAGAAUGGUCAGGUGACCUACAGCCUGAGGUCGUCGUCUCUCAGCGGCCUGUUCAAGAUCGACCCGCUGACCGGAAGCAUCACCACCGCCGCAAUCAUGGACCGAGAGAUCUGGACACAAACCAAGCUGGUUGUUACGGCGACGGACCGGGGCACACCACGAUUGGCCGGCUCGGCGACUCUCACGGUGAUCAUUGUGGACCUCAACGACAAUAGUCCUACAAUCCCUCUGCCGCGCGAGAUCAGAGUGCCAGAGAACACUCUGAUUGGCUCGGUAAUAACCCAGGUGACAGGAAACGACGUGGACUCAGGCCCCGCCCUGUCCUACACCCUCCACAUGGACCCGUCCUCCCAGGGCGUGUUUGGGAUCCACCGCUACGGGGGCGGGGUGUCUCUGACCGCCCCUCUGGACUACGAGGGGAGGACCUGGUACACACUGACUGUCAGGGCUACUGACUCCAAACACCAGACUGAAGCUAACCUCACCAUACUGGUGGAGGAUGUCAAUGAUAACGCUCCUACGUUCACACAGGAUCUUUACCAGGUGACUCUGGCAGAGCACUCCCCAGCUGGCAGUGCAGUUGUCACUGUGACAGCCACAGACCGAGACUCUGGAGAGAACGGCCGUGUCACCUACAGAGUGAUGUCAUCAACCUGGGACAUCUUCUACAUCGACCCCAGCAAUGGUACCCUGUUCAUCACCCAGCAGGCAGAGUUUAACUCUGAGAACCCUUCUAUCCUUGUGGUAAUAGAGUCCAGAGACAUGGGAACACCAGCCCUCUCCUCCAUCGCUCAUGUACAGAUCCAGGUGACUGACGUCAACGACAACGCGCCCGUCUUCCAACAAUCAGAGUACAGAGCCACGGUGUCGGAGGACGGCGUUCCGGGUGCAACCAUCCUGACCCUGGAGGCUGCCGACGGCGACACGUCACGCGACAACUGCGGCUUCGACUUCACCAUAGCCAGCGGAAACACAGGCAAUGCCUUCCAGAUUGAGAGCAGCGUGCGCUUCCUGGAGGGACGGGGCUUCCAGACAGUAGGCAGCCUGGUAUUGACCGGUGAGGGGCUGGACUUCGAGGCGGUGUCCAGUUACAACCUGACCGUGGUCGUGUCAGACCGCGGCGUGCCACAGAGGAGCUCGGCUGUCUCUGCGCUGAUCAGUGUGACGGAUACUAACGACAACCCUCCAGCGUUCAGCAGGGCAGAGUACAGUGUGGUGCUGAGUGAAGGAGCAGCCAAAGGGACUGAGGUCCUUAGCCUGUCUGCAAUUGACCCAGACUCCUCGGCCGUAGGGAAGGUGCAGUACCUGAUCAGCUCUGGGGAUGAGACUGGCAUGUUCCAGGUAGACCGCUGGACCGGAGCCCUGAGGCUGCGGAGACCACUGGACAGCGAGAGACAGGCAUCCCAUGUGAUCAUUGUGCAGGCGUCAGAUGGACAGGGUCACUAUGCGCUGGCUCCAGUCACUGUGGAGGUGAAGGACAUUAAUGACAACAGACCUUACUUCCCUCUGCCCGUCCUCACCACCAGUGUCAGAGAGAACCAGCCUCACAACACCCUUGUCACCAUGCUGCACGCCAUCGACCAGGACACGGGAGUCUUCGGACAGCUGAGGUACUACAUGUUGGACAAGACUGGAGAGGGGAAAGAUGCCUUCCUGGUCAACCAGACGUCAGGCGAGGUCCGGACACGCUCCACCUUCGACUUUGAGAAGGUCAACUUGUUCAACUUUGUAGCUCUGGCCAUGGAUGCAGGGAACUACUCUGCCACGGUGACCGUCCAGGUGUACGUGACAGGGGAGGAUGAGUACGACCCUGUGUUCUCCGACUUAGAGUUGUCCUUCCUGGUUCCUGAGGGGGCGAAGAAGGGCCAGAGCAUCGGUCAGGUGACAGCCAGAGACGAGGACGAGGGAGUGGACGGGAUUGUUCUGUACUCCCUAGCUGACCCCUCGCCCUACUUUCAGGUCAAUGCAUCGACGGGCGUGGUCUCCCUGAAGAUGGACAGCCACGUCCGACACCUGAGCAGGUCCAAGAGGGAGGUCCGUGUGAUGACCCUUGACCUGACAGCCCACAGCCCUCUGGAGACGUCCCGAGUGGCCACCGCCCGCCUCACCAUUGACGUGACACACACAUCCUUCGGCCUGGCGUCGGACAUGAACCUGCUGCUGGUCAGCGUGAUCGCUGUGUCCCUGGGAGCCAUCCUCAUCCUCAUCUUCAUCGCCCUGGCUCUGUUCUGUGUGAGACUGAGACGUCAGAGGAAGGAGCAGCAAAGUCGCUGCAGACCUCCAGCCACUCCCGGCCACGGCACCAUGCUGCACAAACUAGAGGAGACUAAAGUCACCGGCACCGACCGAAACGACCGCAUCUACCACCAGGCCUUACCAGGGUACGCUUCCGAUCAAACAGGGAGUGGUGGGGGAGGGCCAUACCCCCGCGGGGGCUCACUGGACCCAUCCCACUCCAGCGGGCGUGGCUCAGCGGAGGCGGCGGAGGACGAUGAGAUCCGGAUGAUCAACGAGUACCCCCGUGUCUCCUCCAUCUCUUCAUCCAUGCAGGAACACAUCUCAGCCCGCGGGCCAGACUCUGGUAUCCAGCAGGAUGCUGACCAGCUGUCUGAUGUCUCCUGUGAGCCCAACAUGGACACCAACCAGUGGUUCAAGGCCAAGAAGCUGGCCAGUCUCAGUGGGACUCUGCUGGCUGGCCAGGUGCCUGUCUACAGGGAGGAUGGAGGAGGUUAUCUGGGGGUAGGGAGGGGGCUGAACAUCUCCCACCCUAAAGACUAUGCCUUCCCAGUGGAUGGUAAACCCGCUGUGGACGGAUCCCUCACAGCCAUAGUGGCCAGUGACGAGGAGCUGAGGGGCAGUUAUAACUGGGACUACCUGCUGAACUGGUGCCCACAGUUCCAGCCACUAGCAAACGUCUUCACGGAGAUAGCGAGGUUAAAGGAUGAGACGGCCCCUCCUAACCCUCGGAGACCGCUCCAGCACAAAGCCAAGGCGGACCCCAAACCCCCUCGCAUUGACCCCCCGCCGCUAAUCACCUCCGUAGCCCACCCUGGGGCGAAGACAGUCCCGGUCAAGCCUGCUCCCGUCAAGCCCUCUGUGGGGAGGUCCUCCUUUCCCCACCUGGCCUCCCUACGGAGGUCCCCCAUCAGUCACGAGGGCUCCCCCUCCUCAGUAGCCAUGUCCCCCAGCUUCUCCCCCUCCCUGUCGCCCCUGGCCGCUCGCUCCCCAGCCAUCACACCCUUUGGCGUCACCCAGGGCCCCUCAGCCUCCAUGAUCAGCACCACUGAACACAGCAUGGAGCACAUUGAAGAGGCCGAGAUGAGGAUAUAGACUCUAUCGACUCACAGAUGAGGAUAUAGACUCUAUCGACUCACAGGUGUGGAUAUAGACUCUAUCGACUCACAGGUGAGGAUGUAGACUCUAUCGACUCACAGAUGAGGAUAUAGACUCUAUCGACUCACAGAUGAGGAUAUAGACUAUCGACUCACAGGUGUGGAUAUAGACUCUAUCGACUCACAGGUGAGGAUGUAGACUCUAUCGACUCACAGGUGAGAAUAUAGACUCUAUCGACUCACAGGUGAGGAUGUAGACUCUAUCGACUCACAGGUGAGAAUAUAGACUCUAUCGACUCACAGGUGAGGAUGUAGACUCUAUCGACUCACAGGUGAGGAUGUAGACUAUCGACUCACAGGUGAGGAUGUAGACUCUAUCGACUCACAGGUGAGGAUGUAGACUCUAUCGACUCACAGGUGAGAAUAUAGACUCUAUCGACUCACAGAUGAGGAUAUAGACUCUAUCGACUCACAGGUGAGGAUAUAGACUCUCUCGACUCACAGGUGAGGAUGUAGACUCUAUCGACUCACAGGUGAGGAUGUAGACUCUAUCGACUCACAGAUGAGGAUGUAGACUCUAUCGACUCACAGAUGAGGAUGUAGACUCUAUCGACUCACAGAUGUAGACUGUCGACUCACAGAUGAGUGUGUAGACUCUAUCGACUCACAGAUGAGCAUAUAGACUAUCGACACACAUAUGAGGUAAUAGACUCUAUUGACUCCCAGAUGAGGAUAUAGACUCUUUAGAAUGAGAUGAGGAUAUAGACUCUGUAGACUCUGAGGUACUGGAGAUUGGAAGACUGAUACUGAGUUAUUGUACCUCAAAAGACAGAAGUGUUGUCUCAAUUGACACUCUAGUUAGGUUGCAGGGUGGUACCCCUCCUGAUGUUAAAUGGUCACAGUAUCUGGUGUCAAUAGACUGGAUCGUACAGUGUACCUUCCCUUCUGGCCAGAACACUGAGAGUGUGGUUAGCACUGUAGUUAAAUAAUGAAGGAACUCUCAAAUGGACUCUCAAAGGUGGUAGAUGCAUCGUAAACUAAUGGGACUCUCAAACUGAACUAGAAUCAAAACUGAGGCCAAAAUGAAUGUUGCCUGUUCCUGAAGACGUCCUCUUCCCUCAAUCCAAUCAGGGUCAAGAGAACUAAACUACCCAGGAUUUGCACAUUCUAACGGGGAGCCAUGAUGUCAAUAUUUUGUAGAAGAUACCUUUUUCUGUCUAUAUUUUUAUACUGACUUUGGUUUCUGACUAGAAAUGGCACAAAUUCUGUGCCAGAGGGCUGUUAUAGCCUCAGAAUAUAUUUCCAUAUGUGUAUAUUUGUAGCUAUGUAACAGUAUGUUUGAACUGUAUGUUGGUUCUAUCUUAUGUACUUAACCAUUAAUGUGUUUUUGGAACAAAACAAAGCUCUUUAUUUCUAUUAGUGUGAUUGAUUGGGGGGAUAUGCUGUAAUUUCUUGUAAAUAUUUAUUUCAGAGGAGCGAAAAAAGAGCUUGCCUUGCUGGAAGAACAUGAUACCAGUAUGAAUACGGUGUUUGGUCAAAAGCUUUCAAAAAUAAUCUGGUAAAGUGUUGGAUCCCUCAUACUAAUUCAGUGUGCCAUAUGGGUAUGUCCCAAAUGGCACCUAUUCCCUAUAUAGUGCCCUACCUGGUCAAAAGUAGUGCACUAUAAAGGGAAUAGGGUUCCACUUGGGAUGCAGCCAUAGUCUUUUGAGUCUUGUUUGAAAGGAUCAGUCAUACAUGUUCUCAUGUCCUAUACACGUUCCUUUGUUUCUUCCCUCCAGUCUAGUUUAGGUGAACUUGACAUUCAUUAAUCAUGUCCUUCCUUUCAGGUGUCCUUUCUUUGAUUUUAAUCACAAUGAGCCUUACAGGUCUACUUGGUAUUCUAGUGGCACAGUAGACACAGACAAGGGCAGAACCACUCAGACACAGACAGACAGACAGACAGACAGGGGAGGUCAGAAAGAUCAUAGAGACUAGCUGCAAUAGAACUACAAAGUUGUCAGCAAUAGAACAAAGAAAAAAAAACAAUGUUAUGUAAUUCAGCAGACCGGUCUAGUUUUUAUUCUAGUGGCAGUAGAACCGUCCAGACAGGCGACAAACAGCUGACAUGAGGUUUGAGUAGAGGUUGUGUGUGACCUGUGAUGUUUGAGUAGCAGGGCAUCUCCCCAGGAUUUUUUAACUAGGUGGUGCUGCUGAGUAUGGCGGCGGGGAUUGUUGAAAGCCUGUAACUGUCAUUUCCUGCAAUCUAGAGCAAAACAUUUCCUUAAAUGAUAACAAAUAAAGUAAACCCCCCCCAAAAAAUGUGGCACAGCCAGUACACAUGGUGGCCCGGCGCCCCUCAUACAUUCUUUGUGGAAAACUCUGAGGUUUGAGUAGGGGUUGUGUGUGUACCUCUGAGGUUUGAGUAGGGGUUGUGUGUGUACCUCUGAGGUUUGAGUAGGGGUUGUGUGUGUACCUCUGAGGUUUGAGUAGGGGUUUUGUGUUUACCUCUGACAGACUGAAUAAGGGUUGUGUGUGUCCGUCUGACAGACUGUAGCUCACUAAGCUCAUCUAAGUAUCGAUGGGAUUCUCUCCAGCAUCCUGGACCAGGAGAAGCUCAUAGCAACAGAUAUUUUCAUCAUUUCUUUGCAGGGGAUGUUGUUUUUCACAAAGCCAGAUGAAUCUCUGAAAUACUGCUUUUCAAAUCACAUGCAGGACUGAAACCAGAAAGAACACUAAUCAAAACGGUGUUGUUGAGAUUGCUUUUCUGUUCUCUCUUAGUUCCUUCUCUGAGCUACAGUAAUUUAAGUUAUCAGUAUUGUUAGUUUGCAGUAUUGUUAGUUUGCAGUAUUGUUAGUUUUCACUAUGCCAGGAGUUAGGUGUAACUAGCUUCUAACUAGUGUCUGAUGAGACACCACUUCUUGGUACCAGAAUGUAACACCAAUUUUGAGUCCCAAAUGGCACCCUAUUCUCUAUAUAGUGCACUACUUUUGACCAGAACCCUAUGGGGGUCUUUUCCUCCGCAAAAAGAGUGCACUUCCCUAUACAGUAGUUCACUAAAUAGGGAAUAGGGUGCCAUUUGGGACGCAACCCAUGUAGACCUGCAUGACCUUUAGUUCUUAGCUUACUGUCUGUUGUCUAAUAAAAAAACAAGCUCAAUUUAAGCGGUUUUGGCAGCCUAUACUAAAUACCCCUGUGUAAAGUUGUAUUUAUGGCUAGCUAGCCUUCUGCCAUGGACUAAAUAUGGGAAACUCAAUUUUCCUUCAUUCGUCACGGUGGAGCUUCUUCCAGGCUGACAGUUUUGGAGUCUUCGUACCGUUUUUAAUUGUUGACAUGUUAGUUGAAAAACUUUACUUUUAUUGGGAAUAGGGUGCCAUUUGGGACGCACAUGGAGACGGAAGCUAAUUAGUACUCAGCUCCACUCCAAUUUAGAAACCUUUAAAAGUGUUUGUUAUUCCAUGUUAAACUGCCUCUAAAACACAAGGCUAUCUAUGUUUAAAAUUAAGAAGCUGGGAUAUCAUGUUGUUUUGAGCUCUUACUUUGUUCAUUCACCAGUUUCUACAGUUUGUUAUUUAUAAAAUUGUACAUCCCCUUUCUUACCGAACGUAGCCCAUAGUAAACAUGUUCCCCACAUAUCAUAUAUCUGCCCUGAUGUGCUUGAUGUUUUUUCUUCUUGUCAAGGUGCCUGAUUAAAGUACUUAUGUGAACACAA